CCCCGGGUUGACAUUCUCUCCAGCCAUAUCCAGCUCCCCGGGAUAUGUCAUCAGGUGCUUUGACUGGAAUGAACAGGAUACGAGUGAGGAGUCCUUCGGGCGAAGCCGAGGUCCGCCGUCGGAAACGCAGCGUCGUCCAGCUAGCAGGCAUACUCAACUGCGUGUCCGGCUGCAAUCCGCUUCGCUACCGGGGUUAUGGAUGCUUCUGCGGCUACAGAGGCGACGGAACUCCCGUCGACCCUAUCGACAGCUGUUGCCUACAACAUGAUUGGUGCUACUCUCAGUCACCCUGUUCUAAACUCUCCAUCUACCUUCUCCCCUACGAUUGGAUCUGCAUCACCCGUGGAAUAGCGCACUGCGCGUACCCAUCGUCACUGAGCCCCCAUGCGCACUGCGGCCAGCAGCUGUGCCAAUGUGACUUGCAGUUUGCCAACUGCGUCAGCCGUUACCCGUGCCCAAACCGUCGCGUCCCUUGCCGACACACAAAGCUGUCACGCUUCCAGAACAUUCUUCACGGAAAGCGAAAACCUCUAGCCAGUCACGCCGGAGACGACAAGGACGUGUACGCAAACGGCGUUGUCGUCUCUCCUGGCGUCCCCAACGCGGACUACUCCUACUUCAAGAAACGCACGAAGACCAGACUGAAGGGACACGGCAACCACCGACAGCCGUUGCUCGUCAAGACAACACCGAGGAGCACGACAGUGUCCACAAACGAGGCGACAGACCAGGAACCUGUUGACGCUGAUCUUCAGCACAGGAUAGAGCUGACUACGCCGGGCAACGUGAGCGAAACGACAGCUACGGACAAGAUGGGGGAGCGCGUCACGACCGUUGGGUCUCAAGAAGAAAAUAUUCCAGAGGGAAGAUCGUCGAUUAACGAAUCCACACUGGUGCCCGAAGUGAUCGAUAAUGCGACUCUCGCUGCAGCCGGCAUCACCGACGAUGGUAGUGAGGGCUACGUGCAACAGCAAGCUUAUGCGACUUCCGUCAACUCUACCGAAGUGUCCGUGCCUGUUGGAAGCGCAUCCGAGAAACCUUCCACCGAUGACGUCAAUAUUACUGCUAUGUCAUCGAGUUUAGUACCGCAUGUAUUGGGUUCAACAACGCCCAUUCCUUUAAAGACAGUCAGAGACUUCACUGCGCCCCUUCCUUCGAUGACCUUCAGGCAUCGGCAACACCCUGGAUCUGAAUCGAGGCGGUCCACGGAGCUCAUGUUACAUCCCAAUUCCCAAUCUGUCCAGCGUGCUCCGCGACUUAAAAUUGAAGUGCACUUGCAACCGAAGCCCCAUCCCUAUCGCCGGCCGUAUCUGCGCUUUGAAGUGAGGCGCCGACCCAACAGACCUCGUCGCAGAUCUGGUAUCACGAUUUAAAAGUAUAGGCGACGUUGCUCAGAAAAGUCGGAAAGAA